AGUCGGUGCAGCAGAAAACAGCUGAGCGUUCGAUUUGCCAACAGAAUUGAGAAAUCAAAAUAAAAGGUUGCAUGGCUGCUGAAAUGACUGAUAAAGACCCAGCAACUAUAUCUUUGUCUGGAGAUGUUGAAAAGAAGCAGGCUAGUAAAGAAUCUCUUCCAGAGACGAGAGAAGUCAACAUUCACCAACGAGAUCCGGCUAAUAUUAACGAUUAUAUAAAGAGACUGAGAAAGGGUGUGCUAGAGAGAGAUAGAGUGACAGAGAAUAUGAGAUGGGAGGCAAAGAGGGAAAAGGAGAGACAAAGAGAAAGAGGGAAAAGGAGGGAAAACGAGAGACAGACAAAUAUAUAG